AUGGAUUUACAAGCCCAGAGCGAGCGCCUACUUCGAGAUCAGCUACAUCAGCUACAGUUGGAAGAGCAGAGAGACCGGUUGUUACUUGCGGAAAGAGAAAAUGAGUUGGAACGACUUGACAAUCGCCUAAAAGAUCUCAACAACAAACUUGAGUCAAAUAGAUCUGUCGUCAACCGAAUUAAUGGACAACUGACAAUGCAAACAAACGAUAUCGACUCGUACAUCUCAUGGAGCGUCACUGAGCGCGCAGUUCAACCUCCGACAUGCUUCCCAAGGGUAUCUAGCAACGAUAUCCAGGUUGUGAAGAAGUCGUUCCCAAUAAGCGACGAAACAGAAAUAGCAUCCGCCGAGUCUGCCAGGUGCAAGGAGGUCAUCGCAAUGUACCAAGAACGACAGGCAAUUCGGCGUCACAAAAUGGAUACCUGCGUCGAUAGGCUUGGGGCCGCUGCGAGUGUUGUGGGCACAAUAUUUCAAAUUGCAGCAUUCGCUACUACUAUGGCCGCUUACAGGGUUAUGUAG